CGGAGCACGGAUUCAUUUCCGCACUCACGCGCUCGUUGAAUUGCGCUCAGACGUUUAAUUAUCAUUUAUCGAACCACGUGUGGGACUCAUCGAGGAUGGUUCGCGAAGUAGGAACCGUGAGGUGACAGCUGUACAAACAGACAGGUACCCCUCCAACUCGGUGAUGCUUCUGCUUCUGCUUCUGCUUCUAGGGCUUCGUCAGUUCAUCAGUUCCUGCAUGAGAACGAGGUGACGGGCAUGUGAAAGUCAUGAAGUCAUAUGAAGAACAAGCACAGGACGAGCGGAGGACCAGCCGCUUCCUCGGGUGGGGAACUCAAUGCUCCAAAGCCAACGACAUCAACAUCCACAAGCACACGAUUACCUAUCCAUCGUGAUUCAAUUGAAACAUAUCAAACAAAGCGAUCAUGUCAUCUUCAGAUUCAGCAACUCGUUCAUUGCCCGUUCUCACUUUGCGCGCCGCCGAGAUAGCUUCGGCAGCCGCUCAGAAAAAGGCACAGGAAAUAGGCAUUGACUUCAACAUCGCCAUCGUAGACGCAACAUUAAACCUCCUCCAUUUCGUCCGCCAACCCACCGCAAAACUCACUUCCAUCAACAUUUCCAUCGACAAGGCCUUCACAGCAGCAGGCCACCGUCUCCCCACUUCUGCAUACAAGAAUGCCAACUUCUUGCCUGGAGGGCCCGCAUAUGGUAUUCAUAAUUCCAAUGGGGGUAGGUUUAUGUUGAUUGGAGGUGGUGUUCCUAUCAAGAUUGAGGGACAGGUUGUGGGUGCUGUGGGAGUCAGUACGGGGACGCCGGCGCAGGAUGAGGAGGUUGCUAAUGCGGGUGUGAGGGCGGUGGAGGAAUGGGUUAGGAAGAGGCAGGGACCUAAGCUUUAGAAGAGGUGUUAUGUUGGUUUGAUAUGCAGCUUUGCUCGCGAAAUCUAAUGCAGCAUAUUGCAAUUGGCG